UAUUUUCUUUCGUCUCAAAACCAAUCAUCGUUUCUUACGAGCUCUCCCUGCACCAAAUCAAAAAGAUCGCAGAAUUUCUAGGGUUUGAUUUUUCUCAACUCCUCAACUACCAAGGUUUGCCGAAAUCUCAAAUUAGGGUUUUUCUUUUUCAAUUUCAUUAAUUGUUUUGUCUUCUUCGAUUCAUAACCCAAUUUUUUAGGGUUUCGUCAUUCAGUUUGGUGAUACUGUGAUUCCUACGGUUAGGGCUUCGAAACCUUUUCUUUGUUUCUUUUCUAUUGUUCUUCGAAUUGUUUUGUUUACCAGUUUUGAUUUGAUUAAAAAAUGGCAGCAGGAAGACAUGGGGGUUAUCGUGAUAAUGAAUUUAGGGAUCGUGAAUCUGAUCUUAAAAUUGGUGGGAAAAGGCAAUUUCUUAGUUGUUCAGGUGAAGGAUAUGAUCGUGAUCAAAGAAGACGGAGUCAAAUUCGGGGUGAAAGGGAUAGGAUAUCUGUAAAUUCGAAGAUUGGGGGAGAAAGGGAUAGGAUUUCUACAAACUCGAGCAAUUUGGGUAUUAAUGGGAAAAUUGGGGUUCUUGAUAAUGGGGGUAACGAUGCCGGAAUUGGGGUUAAGAAGCGGAAGUUUUCUCCUAUUUUGUGGGACAAAGAAGAGAAGAAGGAGGAGGUGGGUAAUUCGAUUAAAACUAGAGUUGUUCCUAAGAGUUCGAGGGUUUCCUCGGUAUCUCCAGUAAAAUCUGGAUAUAGAGAAGAGAAGGAGGUGAUUAGAACUAGAGUUUAUAAGAAUUCUAGGGUUGUCUCGGUAUCUCCAGUAAAAUCUGGAGAUAAAGAAGAGAAGGAGGUGAGUAAUUUGAGAGAAAAGAGAGCUGUUUCUAAGAAUUUUAGGGGUUCUCCUCCUGCAGUGAAAUCUAGAGAUGUACUCUUAGACAGGGUUUUGCAGGAACCUUCCAUCAAAGUUAGCUGUUCUCAUGCUGAUUCUGUUGCAUCACCUUAUUCAGCUGGAUCUACUGUAAAGGAAACACACUCAAUGUCAUAUUCUCCAUCUGCACCAGAGCAGCUUAGGAGUGAUGAUUGCGAACCUGGGGAAAUAGAAGAAGAGGAGUUUGUUUCACGAAACAUUUCGGUGUCACGGUGGGCGGACGUGAGGCUAUCACCUGGAGAAAAGGACCCUACUCCAGAAGUUGGGGAAUUCACAAGGGAAGGAUCAGGAGCUAAAUCAUCGGGUUCUGAUGAAUGUUUGGCUGGGUCAGUUAGCAGUAGUGGUGACUACUCUGACCAUCUGUUGGUUAACACAGACUUUGUAGAUAUCAAUAAGGAUGACAUAAAUAAAGAUGGUAGUGCAAACUAUUCUGAUACUGACUCAGAUGGGGAAAUUUGUAGGGGUAAACACAUAAAGAAGAAUAUAAAUAUGCUUGAAGAGUGUAGGAGUGUUCAUGAGUUUGAGAGGCUCAAUAGAAUAGAUGAAGGUACAUACGGUGUUGUCUUUAGAGCUAGGGAUAAGAAAACUGGAGAAGUUGUAGCCUUGAAGAAAGUAAAGAUGGAGAAAGAAAGAGAAGGUUUUCCUAUGACUGCUCUAAGGGAAAUUAACAUUCUUUUAUCUACAGAUCACCCAUCAAUUGUUGAGGUUAAGGAAGUUGUUAUGGAUGGCCUUGAUAGUAUUUUUAUGGUUAUGGAGUACAUGGAGCAUGACCUGAAGAGCAUAAUGGAGACAAAGAGACAGCCUUUUAGUCAGAGUGAAGUUAAAUGUCUCAUGUUGCAGUUGUUGGAGGGUGUUGAGUAUCUUCAUGAUAAUUGGGUACUUCACAGGGAUUUGAAGACUUCUAAUAUUCUUAUGAACAAUCAGGGUGAGCUGAAGAUCUGUGACUUUGGAAUGUCUCGCCUAUAUGGAAGCCCAUUGAAGCAAUAUACCCAACUGGUUGUUACUCUAUGGUACAGAGCACCUGAGCUUUUAUUAGGGGCAAAACAAUACUCAACAGCAAUUGAUAUGUGGUCGUUGGGUUGUAUAAUGGCUGAGCUAUUAUCCAAGGAACCCCUAUUUAAUGGAAAAACUGAAGUUGAUCAGCUUGACAAGAUUUUCAAAACCCUUGGUACUCCAAGUGAGGCGAUUUGGCCAGGUUUUUCUGAACUGCCCGGUGCCAAGGUCAAAUUUGCCAAGCAACAGUAUAGCUUACUGCGCAAGAAAUUCCCACCCACAGCUUUCACUGGAUCACCAGUUCUUUCGGAUGCUGGAUUUGAUUUGUUGAACCGGCUUUUAACAUACGACCCUGCAAAGAGGAUUACUGCUGAAGAGGCUGUUAACCAUGAGUGGUUUCGCGAGGUUCCUCUUCCCAUGUCAAGAGAUUUGAUGCCAACCUUUCCAGCUCAACAUGCACAAGACAGGCGGGUAAGAAGAGUCAUGAAGAGUCCAGAUCCAUUGGAGGAGCAGCGAAGAAGGGAGUUGCAACAGAAGAGAUUAGGCACCAGUGGUCUUUUUGGCAGUGAGUUAUAGCUGUAUUCACGAAAUGUACUCAUUCCUGCUUGCAUGCAAGGCAUGUCAUAAAUACUUUAUUUUUGGGGAAUUACUGAAUCUUGUGUGUAUGUAUUAGAUUUAGAUUUUGACCGCUUGACACUGUAUAAAUAUCUUUCACUUAAAUGCAUAAUCUGGGUGAUUUUUCUGUUUAUCUUUGCAUUGUGUUUGCGAGACGCUGUUGGUGUGAACUGGAGGGGGGGUAUUCUUUCCUUUACAUUCCUGAAGAAGUUCAAGGGUGUUCCAGUUUAAGUUGUGGCUACUUCCAAGCAUUACUUAUUUGAGCAUCACAUAACUACCGACUAAUUGAAUGAUCCAGAUGUAAAUUUUUGAAGCAAGUGCCUGAACAUCAGUAACUUUUACUGCCAAGUGGUCAGUUCCCUAUCAUCAUUCUUCCCCGCUGUGCAUCUCUUUAUAUUACGGAGUAUUUGUUUAUCUAGACUGUUCGGAUUUUUCUGCUCUGGUAAUUAGCAUGGUUCAGUUUGAGGAAUUGGUAAUGAAUUUCUACCUCGGUGAAGAUAGAUAGUUUAGCUUUGUAUCCCAGGCAUGUAUGGAUCUGUAUCUGAGGCAAUCUAAUAGAGACUUGAUUUCUUUCGUUAUUUGUUCCUCAGCAACUUCCCCAGUCCUUGAUUUGGUAAUCUAGAGACUUGUUCCUCAUGUUAAUUGCCUCAAUGUCCAUUGUAUCAUCCAUCUUUCCUGGUCAGGAACCCAUGCUCUGUAUUAUGAGAAGUAAUCCACUCCUUUAAUGAAGAGGGAAGGUCAGAGGUUUGCAUGUGCCAAAGGUGUACUUCUGUAGCUACAUCAAAUGAUGCCCUUGACAUGUCAUCCUCGUUCAUGAAGAAAGCAGUUGGUUUAGAAUUAUUUUUUAAGCCUGUUUGAAUUUUAUUUUUUAAUGAAAAAGAUUGGGGUAUUCCCA